GGAGGCCACAGCCGGUGGAGGCAAGGCAAGGCGGGUGCAGGGUGCAGGACGUGUGGGGAGGGAGGGAGGUGCCACACUCGAGCCCUGAGGCCCUGCUGGCCCCUGGGCGCAGGCCCAGCUCCAGCUCCCAGGGAUGGACCUCGUGGAUCCCGACAUCUUUAACAGGGACCCCCGGGAUCAUUAUGACCUGCUGCAGCGGCUGGGUGGCGGCACCUAUGGAGAAGUCUUCAAGGCUCGAGACAAGGUGACGGGGGACCUGGUGGCAGUGAAGAUGGUGAAGAUGGAGCCUGAUGACGAUGUUUCCACACUUCAGAAGGAAAUCCUCAUCUUGAAAACUUGCCGGCAUGCCAACAUCGUGGCCUACCAUGGGAGUUAUCUCUGGCUUCAGAAGUUCUGGAUAUGCAUGGAAUUCUGUGGGGCUGGUUCUCUCCAGGACAUCUACCAAGUGACAGGCCCCCUGUCAGAGCUCCAGAUUAGCUAUGUCUGCCGGGAAGUGCUCCAGGGACUUGCCUAUCUGCACUCACAGAAGAAGAUACACCGGGACAUCAAGGGAGCCAACAUCCUCAUCAAUGAUGCUGGGGAGGUCAGACUGGCUGACUUUGGCAUCUCGGCCCAGAUUGGGGCCACACUGGCGCGACGCCUCUCUUUCAUCGGGACACCCUACUGGAUGGCUCCGGAAGUGGCGGCCGUGGCCCUGAAGGGGGGAUACAAUGAGCUGUGUGACAUCUGGUCCCUGGGCAUCACAGCCAUCGAACUGGCCGAGCUGCAGCCACCGCUGUUUGACGUGCACCCCCUCAGAGUUCUCUUCCUCAUGACAAAGAGUGGCUACCAGCCCCCCAGGCUAAAAGAAAAAGGCAAAUGGUCGGCUGCCUUCCACAACUUUGUCAAAGUCACCCUCACUAAGAACCCCAAGAAACGGCCCGGCGCCACCAAGAUGCUCAGUCAUCAGCUGGUGUCCCAGCCCAGGCUAAAUAGAGGCCUGAUCCUAGAUCUUCUUGACAAACUGAGGAAUCCAGGGAAGGGGGCCCCUGUGGUUGAGAUUGAAGAUGAGGAGCCUGAGGUGCCCCCUGCUGUCCCUCGGCGGAUCCGGUCCACCCACCGGGCCAGCUCUCUAGGGAUCCCAGAUGCUGACUGCUGUCGGCGGCACAUGGAGUUCCGGAAGCUCAGAGCAAUGGAGUCCAGACCCAUAGCCCACACGGCCCACUUACAGCCCCCUGGAGACUUCAGGAGCAGCAGCCCAAGGAGGCAGCUGUCAGAGUCCGACGAUGACUACGAUGACGUGGACAUCCCCACCCCUGCAGAGGCCACACCUCCUCCCCUGCCUCCCAAGCCCAAGUUCCGUUCUCCAUCAGACGAGGGGCCUGGGGGCACCGGGGAUGACGGACAGCUGAGCCCGGGGGUGCUGGUCCGCUGUGCCAGUGGGCCUCCCCCCCGAACCCCUCACCUCGGGCCUCCCCUGGCCACCCGCAGCCCCCACCUAACUGCCCAUUCAGAACCCUCACUCUGGAACCCAACGCCCCCGGAGCCUGAUCAGCCCCCAUUGUUACCGCCAAAGAAGGAAAAGAUGAAGAGAAGGGGAUGUGCCCUUCUCGUGAAGUUGUUCAAUGGUUGCCCGCUCCGGAUCCACAGCACAGCCGCCUGGACACAUCCCUCCACCAAGGACCAGCACCUGCUCCUGGGGGCAGAGGAAGGCAUUUUCAUCUUGAACCGGAAUGAUCAGGAGGCCACACUGGAGAUGCUCUUUCCCAGCCGGACUACCUGGGUGUACUCCAUCAAUAAUGUCCUCAUGUCUCUCUCAGGAAAGACCCCCCACCUGUAUUCGCAUAGCAUCCUGGGCCUGCUGGAACGGAAGGAGACUAGAGCGGGAAGCCCUAUCGCUCACAUUAGCCCCCAUCGGCUAUUGGCGAGGAAGAACAUGGUCUCCACCAAGAUCCAGGACACCAAAGGGUGCCGAGCGUGCUGCGUGGCGGAGGGUGCGAGCUCGGGGGGCCCGUUCCUGUGCGGGGCAUUGGAGACGUCUGUGGUCCUGCUUCAGUGGUACCAGCCCAUGAACAAGUUCCUGCUGGUCCGGCAGGUGCUGUUCCCGCUCCCGACGCCCCUUCCAGUGUUCGCGCUACUGACCGGGCCAGGCUCCGAGCUGCCCGCCGUCUGCAUCGGCGUGAGCCCGGGGCAGCCGGCGAAGUCGGUGCUCUUCCACACCGUGCGCUUCGGCGCGCUCUCCUGCUGGCUGGGCGAGAUGAGCACAGAGCACAGGGGACCGGUACAGGUGACCCAGGUAGAGGAAGACAAGGUGAUGGUGUUGAUGGACGGAUCUCUGAAGUUGGUGACCCCGGAGGGAGCCCCAGUCCGGGGGCUUCGAACUCCAGAGAUCCCCAUGACUGAGGCGGUGGAAGCCGUGGCUAUGGUCGGGGGUCGCCUCCAGGCCUUUUGGAAGCAUGGAGUGCAGGUGUGGGCUCCAGGCUCAGACCAGCUGUUGCAGGAGCUGAGAGACCCCACUCUCACCUUCCGUCUGCUUGGCUCCCCCAGGCCUGUGGUGGUGGAGACACGCCCAGCAGAUGACCCCACUGCCCCCAGCAACCUCUACAUCCAGGAAUGAGUCCCUGGGGGGGGGGGUAUUGGGAACCACGCCCUGCGCCCCCAUCCCCAACGGACACACUUAGUGGUUGUGACACCCACUUAUCUCCCAAUAAACAUGGCUCCAGCCUC